AUGCUGUUCCAACCCAGCAACCGACAGCUAGAGGCAUGGGUCGAGAAGGGGCCAGCGAAGCAGCUCUCCGGGACCAGCUGGACCGGGCUGUCCUGGAGUUUUAGCCUUGCUAUUAUCCAACACUUAGUUCCCCGUCGCAAGUUUGAUUCUGUCCUUGUCUCCUAUGCUGCUGCGCGGUACUGGAGCUCCAGUCAGGGUACGUGGAUGAUGGUUGGGAAUUAUACAUCAAUCCUGUCGCAGUUAAUCUACGACUGCCAGAUGGUGGUGCUCGCCCAGGUGUUGGCAGAGACAGCAGAUCAACCAGAGGCGGAUGUUGGUGCCAUGAUCGUGGACAUCCGGGACCAAUGGUUAUUAAAUGACACCGACGGACCAGUGGCUGAAUUAUUGGAGAAUCGGUUAUUAGGCUUCCGCAUUGGGCAGACUGAAGUGCUGCCGGCACAGCUGCGGUGGCAUGCAGAUGGGGAGACCCUAGUCUGGUCUGAGGUGAUCUUCCACCUGUCUGAUCUGUAUAACAUCAUCUUCAAGGGGCUCGCCACGGCCCAGCGACUUUUUGAAGAAGAGUUAUGCCUUAGUGGCCGAUCGAGUCCUGCGUCUGAGAUCCCCGUUCUAGAUCUGGACCUAUUAGUGGACAACUGGGAUGCCACCGCGCCGGGCCAGUCAUUCCUCACUGAUUCACGAAAUGCGUCCCAUUUAGAUCCGGUAAAGGACUGGCUGAUCGCUCGUGUGGGGAAGACCCCGGUUCUAUUCCAUACAUUCUGGUCGCAGACAGCCAAGGGUCACUGGGUCGUGUCCGCCGAUGCCGCGCAGCAGUAUGAGGAUGCGGUGCAGAAAUUCCUCCAAGCUCUCCUGGUUCCGUUCUUCCUUGGCUCCGGCCAGCAGGGGCGUCGGACCAUUAAAUAA